CUCGCCCGAAGGGACCUUUGAUGGAACCGAGGGGUGGGGGGGGCACGGAUUUGCCGACUGCAGCAGGGGUGGGCUGGGGGCUGAGAUAAUGUAACCGCUCCUUUCUCCUGUUCUCUCCCACACGCCCCCCUCCUCUACCCCUGUUCUCUGCUCCACCGCCCUCUCACCCCGGUACACACAUCCUUCCUCUAGCCAGGAUCUUCACGCUCAGGAAGGAGGCGCCUCUGCAAGGGUUAAACGAUCUUUUCUUUUUCUUCCAUCCUUUUUCCUUCCUAACCCUCUAUUUUACCUCUCUUCUCCUAAUUGGCUUUCCCCUCUUCUGCUUAGCCCUUUGGCUGCAGAGGCAAAGCACAAGCCCCUAGCCCAGUUUCACCUGCAACCCCCUCCCCCACCCAACUGCUCUCUUAAAAGCAACUCUGGUGCUUCUGGGGGUUAAUUGCCCCAGUUUUCUGCCCAGGAGAAUUAAAACUUCUCCCAAUCUUCUCUCCUCCCCUACCUUGACUCCCCCUAACCCCUACCACCUGAGAAGAACUAUCUUUUCUCUCUCACACAUGCAGUCUUCAAUUCUUCAUUGAGCUAGUUUUCUCUAAGCCCAGUUCAAUCCACUCCAAAUUUGAUUUACAAUUGUCCUCACCCUUUUAUAUAAAAGAAAGAUUUCUCACGGCCUAGGAAUUUGAGAAGAACCCAAUAAUCCUUUCCUGGGGAACUUUUAAACAAUUCAACAUUGAUCUUAAGGCUCUAGUGGCCCCUUCAGCACACUUCUUCAAACCCUCUGCUCCUACCAGUGUCCUCAGGUCAAAGGCAGAAAGGAGACACACUGAACAAAGUUGGAGGUUGGGGUGGGUGUGUGAGGGCAAGAAAAACUUUUUUGUUAUUGGGCUUUGCAGGUGGAGUUCAGAACCAGUGACUCACACUUCUCAGUCCUGGGAUCAAUUUAUUUGCUACUUGGAGGGGUUGAACGAAAAGCCAGUGAGAAAGCAGACUGCCCCCACAAUACAGAUCCACUGUGGGCCCCCAAACCUGUCCUGUCCCCCUCUUUUAAGACUCCGGCCACCCCUCUUGGGCUCUCUCCUUCCACGGGGCACAUGCUGAUGCCCCUGUGUGGGCUGCUCUGGUGGUGGUGGUGCUGCUGCUGCGGCUGGUACUGCUGUGGAUUGUGCGCCCCAGCCCCCCAGAUGUUGCGCCACCAGGGUCUCCUCAAGUGCCGCUGCCGCAUGCUCUUCAAUGACCUGAAGGUUUUCUUACUGCGGCGCCCUCCUCAAGCGCCCCUGCCCAUGCACGGCGACCCCCAGCCCCCCGGUUUGGCGGCCAACAACAACACCCUUCCGGCUCUGGGCGCCGGGGGGUGGGCAGGCUGGAGGGGCCCCCGAGAAGUGGUGGGCAGGGAGCCCCCUCCUGUGCCACCUCCACCCCCCUUGCCACCUUCUUCUGUGGAAAAUGACUGGGGUGGCCCAGCCACAGAGCCACCUGCCUCACUGCUCAGCAGUGCCUCCUCAGAUGACUUCUGUAAGGAGAAGACCGAGGAUCGUUACUCACUGGGCAGCAGCUUGGACAGUGGUAUGAGGACCCCACUCUGCCGCAUCUGCUUCCAGGGGCCAGAACAGGGGGAGCUGCUGAGCCCGUGCCGCUGCGAUGGCUCGGUCAAGUGCACCCAUCAGCCUUGCCUCAUCAAGUGGAUCAGCGAGCGGGGCUGCUGGAGCUGCGAGCUGUGCUACUACAAGUACCACGUCAUCGCCAUAAGCACAAAAAAUCCUCUGCAGUGGCAGGCCAUCUCUCUGACGGUCAUUGAGAAGGUUCAGGUUGCAGCCGCCAUCCUGGGCUCCCUCUUCCUCAUCGCCAGUAUUUCUUGGCUCAUCUGGUCAACUUUCAGCCCCUCGGCAAGAUGGCAGCGCCAAGACCUUCUCUUCCAGAUCUGCUAUGGGAUGUAUGGCUUCAUGGACGUGGUGUGCAUAGGUCUCAUCAUCCAUGAGGGACCCUCGGUGUAUCGCAUCUUUAAACGGUGGCAGGCUGUCAACCAGCAGUGGAAAGUGCUGAACUAUGACAAGACAAAAGACCUGGAGGAUCAAAAGGCAGGAGGCAGGACCAACCCCCGGACCUCCUCAUCCACCCAGGCCAAUAUCCCCUCCUCGGAAGAGGAGGGCGCAGGCACCCCUGCCCCUGAGCAGGGCCCUGCCCAGGCUGCCAGCCACCCCUCAGGCCCUCUGUCCCAACACCACUGUGCUUAUACCAUCCUGCACAUCCUGAGUCACUUGAGACCCCAUGAACAGCGGAGUCCCCCAGGCAGCAGCCGAGAGCUGGUCAUGAGAGUCACGACAGUGUGAGAGCAGAGGCCCAGGAGGAAGGCCAUGACCACCACUGAGGGCCCGGAGCAGGGUGGGGAGGUGCAGUGGCACCCCCAGAGCCAGCAGAGGGAGCAGGCAGAGGGUGGGGGGCCUGGCAGGAGCCUGGGGCAGGCUCAGAGUGGGAGUGAGGCUGGUGCAGGAGCAGUUCUGCUAUUUCCAAUCAGUCAAUGCCACUCACACAACAGCAAUGAAAACCAACACCAACUCAACAACAAAGUGCAAUACAGGCUGAACCCGGCCCAACAGAAAAAACCUGCCCCAAUGCGCCCGCAGGCAAGGUACCUGAAGAAGCAGAGGCGGAGGGCAGGCAAAGCCUGUGUGACUGGUGGCAGUGCCGGAGGCCAAGGGGGCCAAGAGGAAAAGCGUCUGUGGUCUGCUCUGCUCUCACCCUGUUUGGUUUUGUUUCUCCUGGGGCUGUGUUCUGCAGGCAGCCAGGAAAGGGGGAGGCUCGUGAGCGAGCUGGCAGGGACACACUGCCUUUGGGGAUCCUGGGCUCAUUUGGAUGGGCAAGAUUCGCUGACAAAUGGCUGUGGGGAUGGAGGGGUGGAUGGUCAGGGAGGGAUGCGCAGGGAGGGAGAGCUGGUGUGAGCAGCCAGAGGGAGAGGUGUGUCUCCUUCCUGAAGGAACUUCCAAAUGGAACUCCCGAUUUCAGGUGGGCUCAAAGAGGGCUUAGGUUUGGAAAAGGGUGUCUUUCUGUGCCCUUGUUAAUUUAUUUUAUAGUGCUUUGGUUCAAAGAUGUUUACAGGACACACACACACACACACACACACACAC